AUGCCAAAAAAACGCCACCAUCACGAUGCAGUGGUUUCAUUAUUUUCAUCCUCUCUUUCAUCAUCCUCCUCAUUAUCGGAAAAGCAUGCUUCUGAAGAGACGUCUUCAAGUACUCUCUUUAUGAUGCAAAAUCAAAAUGAUUCAUCAUGUUCAUCGGAAGUAAUUUUUAAUAGAAAGAGAGACAAGUUUUACGAUUUGCUUCGGAAAGGAAUAUUAUUUAGAUUGGAAGAAAAUUAUGUGGAGUCUUUUGAGUGUUUGAAACAAGUUGUAGAAUUGGAACCGAAUAAUUAUGAAGGAUAUUUGGAAUGGAGCGUUUGUAUGACCCUUUCAAAUAGAAAUGUGUAUGCAAUGAGAAUUCUAAAAUUGGGAUUGCAUAAUUGUAAAUAUAGUUAUUGGUUUUCGGACUCAGAAAGGGACAUUGAGAGAGAAUAUUUUCAUAACUUAUUUGUAGGAUUAAUUUAUGAAAUUAAUGAAGAGCAACAAACAAGCUUGGAAUAUUACAAAGAAGCAUGUCGAUUAGUUCCUAAUGGUUUCUAUGCUUUAUUCUCAUAUGGAUAUGCUAAUGGAUCUUUGGGUCUUGAUAAAAAUCCAGGAUUGACGGCACAUGAAAAGGAGCGCUACAUAGAGGAAUCUUGUAAAUAUUUUGAAAAGGCUCUUGAAUGUCUGUAUGCACACCCUCUACACUCUAAAUAUCACAGAUACUAUAUUUGUAUUCUCUGUACAAAUAUAGCAUGGGUUCUACGAGAAAAUAAUGAAACCUCCAUCGACGCUCUAAAAUAUUAUUCUAAAGCAACGGAUUGGUAUGAUAGACAUUUGAGAUCUUAUUUUUCAAGAGCGAGUCUCUAUGGAAAGAGAGGAGAAUACGAAAAUGCACUGAAAGAUUUUUCGAAAUGCAUUGAAAUUAAGGAAUCACAACUUCCAAAAUGGGAAGGAAUUUUGGUGAAACUGAAAAGUUAUACCGGAUCGAACAUUUCAACACUCCUAUCGUUUUUCACAUCAAGACAGAGAGCAGAUGAUUUUCUUUCUCAAUAUUUCUAUCACAACGAAGAAGUACACAAUACUAAUUUUUCAGCAUAUGAUAUGAAAGAAUAUGAAAAACGAUUAGCCGACAUGUAUGAAGAGAGAGGACUGCUUCACUUGGAAAACCACGUGGUUGAAGAUGCUCUAUUUGAUUUUACAGCAUCAAAAUUAAUUAAUCCUUGCAAUGCGUGUUCUCAUAUUUUUGUGUAUUUUAUUGCGAGCAGUGUCAUGGAUCCUUCGGCAAGUUCUUCUAUUUUGUUGAAUCAUGUCAAAUACUUGCAAGAGGCGGAAAAUGUAUACGAUCAUGAGCUUGAUUUUUUUGACCUUGCCUCAAUAUUCAAGCAUACGGCAAAUAUUUUCGAAGAUUUGAACGACACCACAAAUGCCAAAGAGUUUGAGACGAAAUCUCAUUGUGUUUUAAACCAUUCAAGAAUUUGCUAG